AUCAUUAUGCAACCUACAGACAAUUUUAGAUAUUCAUUUCUAUUUCAUAUUUACUUUGGAAUUUGUAACUUAGUUAAGAUUCAGUUUGUUUCAUUCCGUUGAGGCAUAUCGUAGAUUUCUAUAAGUUUUCAGUUAACCAAAUGAAAUUACGCCUAGACUUUGCUUGGUGUAUGUUUAGGGUAGUGGAUUGGACAGAACAAGGUAAUUAGGUAGAAUAGAGUAAAGUAAGUUAGGGUAGGAUGUGUUACCUAUGGAUAAAAGCGGAUUUAAUAGAAUAAGUUAAUUGUAUAGGAUAGAGUAUGAUCGGGUAAGUUACCAAUAAUAACAUUCUUACUCUAAUAGUAUAUUUAGGAUGACUUAGUAAAGAGCCGAGUAAUAGGAACGAAGAUUACAUCUCUAUUUUGUAGUUUAUAUUACUAAUUAAUGAUGGGGGUGGUGAUGAUGGUAGAGUGACAUCGAAGACAACUGGUAUAGCAAUAACCGAGAUUGCGAAAAUAGGGAUAUCCUUGGGCGAUAGUGAUGGUGAUGGUAGCAACAAUGAUAAUACCAGUGGUUGUAGCAGCAAUGAUGAGGAGGUGAGGUGCUAAUGGCAAAAACGAUAAUAAUGGUGGUAGCAAUUGCAGUAAAGGUAGUUGCAAUUACGAUAGAAGUGAUGGCUAUAGGGGUGGCAGCAGUGAUUGGUCAACAAGUGAUAGAGGGCGGCAGCAAUGGUGGCAACGUGUGCAGAAACCAUGUAGGUGUUUAUGACGGCAGGCUGACUAUAAUGGUGAUGGCAAUGAUGACAAUAUUAGUGGUGGCAAGGGUAGUGGUAAUGGGGAGAAUUGUGGUGAUGACGUCAAAAAUUGGUAGUGGUGGCAGCAAUAUGAUGGUCGUGAUGGCUGUAACACGAUGGCAAUGGCAAUAGGAUACUGGUGGUUGGCAAAGGCAAAAGCAAAGAAGUUGCGGUACCAGUAGGAUGGCAGUGGCAGCAAAUGGUGAUGGGAUGGUGGUUAUAGUACUCUUAAUAAGCAAUAGAUGUGGAAAGAAAAAAAAUUAUAAACAACUAUUUUGGUCUUUUCACACAUUACUCAUCUGGAUAUUACAUCUUCACCUCCUAUACAUGUGAAUAACACUGUUCAUCCUAGUCUGGUAAUGCAUAACUUGCUCAUAAAAAAGUUUACACCCGCACAUUAAGUAGAGUAGAUAGGAAGCUUACCCAUUCCUUGCCUUACCCGUCAGUAGAAGUGCAUCUAGUCUUAUCGAUUACUGACUGCUAAAAAAGUCAGGUCUAGUUCAAUAAAGAGGCCAAUUUUUUCUUUGUUUCAAGUUCCAUUCACUCUUUGUUUUAAAGAUUAUUCUCUGCUCUCCUUCUCUCAUGAACUAAAGGCUGUUUAUAAUCAAGUUAAAUUUUGGUUGGCUUUUGUAAAAAGCUAUAAAAAAAAAGGGAAAGCUGCACAUAUACUAAUCUCUUCUGUAUAUGGGGAACCGUGUCUUCAAAGAGGAAUGUGGGGACCACAAGUGAUGGCUAGGGAUUCACUCUCUUUGGUAGAUGAUCCAUAACUCCUGGCUGUCAUGCUGCAGUUUGCUAGAGCAUCAUGUCAAUUGUCGCUAUAGAUAUUGCUUUCCUUCUGACUUUCACAGUUCUGCUGUCUUUAUUAAAAAAGAAGAAUUUCGUUCAUUUUGUGCUGGAUCCUAUUUCGAUUAACAGUUCAGCAACUGAAGCAUCAUUUGCUGCUAGAUAUGGUUGUUUGGUCCUCAUUGAACGUUUUUUGCACCCUUCAGAUUGAAAGGUUGGAUGUUGGAGCUUUAGUAUCAAUAAGGGGGAUUGGACGUGUGAAGAUUCUGAAAUUUGUACAGGCAGAUCCUUACUUGGUAGGUGAAGUCAAACCAAUGCAAGAUACAGAUCUUAAUGGUGCAAGUGCCAUCAGCUUAAAAGUUACGGCACUAAAGGAAGCUAUUCACAGUUUGAAUUCCUUGGAAAUUAAAUUGAAAGCCCCAAAGGACGCAUUGUUGCAGACCAAUAUUUUGAAUUCUUUAAUAUGGGCUGAAAGUAAACAAUCCUUGGAAUGUGAUGAAGCAUUUCUUCCAUCUUUGGCUGAGCGUGUAUCUUUUGCAGCCCUUCAACCUGUUUCAGGUGCGACUCGAUCAGAACUGCUGAAGUUGCAAGAGGAAAAACUAAGAGCUAUGGAUCUAAAAGAUACGAGGCAAAGGUUAGAGCAUUCCCUAGAGUUGAUCAAAGAGAGUAUCUCCACGGUUGCAGCUAAGCUUGCUAUUCAAACGGUAGAGAUGUGAGCAAAGACAGCUCAAUUUUAGAAGAAUGUACAUAGAUAAACACCCUUAUACUUGUAUUAAUUUGUAUAUUUGCUUCUAAAUUUGUUACUCUACACCGGGCAAUAUGAUUUCAAAGCAACUUGACAAACACAAAAGAAACUUAAUUACAAAAAAUUAUAUUAUUAUUAGGACCUAAGCAGUUAGACUAAUAGUUUACUUCUGGCUCCUUACCUGAGAGCCUCAGCUUGGGCAUUUUGUAUAUUUUUCGGUUUAAACUGAAAACUUAAACUCAAGGUUUGGUUAGAUCCGGAUUGGACCUAACCAAACAAUAUUCGGUCAUUAGGAGUCCAUCGGUUUGAACUGAAAUUAGAAUGGUUCGGUCUUUGGUGCGCAUCUCAUCCCUAAUCCGGUCAUCAGUUAACUUCCCUUCGAUUUGAUCUGAUCCGAUCUGUUUCCGGACCAUUGGUUUUAACCCUAAUUUUAUUGACCGGGCUUGUGGGCUCAUAAGAGGCAGAUGAGUAAUAUUACAGCCAAUUAACCGAAAGCAAUUUGAGGUGAGAGGAGAUUUGUUUGGUUGUGGUUUGUGAAUGUGGGAAGCGGAAACAGAUAUUUUUGCCAUCCAAUGGAGCUCUCUGUCUGUACUUGUAUGGUUGGACAAGUCUUAUCAGAUAUUUUACCACAUACCUUUCGAUCUGCUACUUUCUUCAUUGUUUGGUGUUAGGAGUAAAGAAGGAGAAGGUAAUGGGACCGGCAUCAACCCCUUUCUACUCCGUGUUCUCCUCAACAAUCCCCGCCACCGCAACCAGAAGAAGUUCCGUCCUACUCCGUCGACGCCGCCGUCUGCUUCCUUCUCUCUCAACUUCAUUUGCUUUCUCUUCUCUCUCU